AUGCUAUGGCAGCCUCCCUUCACGCGUGUGGGGAGGGGUCGUCGCAUGCAGAAGCUCGAUAGAACGCUUCCCGAGAACUCAAAGUACCACGGUCACUGGGGCUACACUAUCUACCGCACACACUACAGUUCCGAGUCUGAUAAGCAAUGGGAUACGCUGCUUGAUGCUUUGAAACGGCAAACUAAGCUUGCAGUUAGUUACUAUCAAGACGAGCCCUUUGAAGAUGAGCUGAUGCAUCAAAGGGCUGAUUUCUUGCCAAAGGCCUGGUACUACGCAAGCCAAGAACAAUAUUCGGACGAUGUAAAGCGAAUCAAAGACUUGUUUCAUCUUGAUAUUCGUGAUAAUCCAUCACUCGACGGCUUGGGAGUCCAUGAGAUCCGCGAAAUGUGCCGUCGUGAUAGGCCCGAGGAAGAAGAAGCCAUGGCAGGGCGUCUUUUCAGUUUCGUUCUUCUAGCUGAUAAAGCCGUAUUUGAAGCUAUGGAAAGAGGCGAAUUUGUCGUCAAGGCAGUCUCGUAUGACUGGCGGGAUGGCUGGUACAAUUGGGGCUGGAUGAGAAUACCAACGGGAUACCUGCUUGAGCUUUGGCACUCGCUUAUGGGAAGGGAUGAUAACUACCAUACGGUGCUAUCUUUCGACGGUCCAGAAGAGGACUUAGAGGAGUACACAUGGCGUGGUAGCUGGGACGCGGAGUCGACAAGCCAAUGCUCCGAAAUACGUAUGGAAGCGUAUUUACUACCGUGA